GGAUCUUCCCAAGCUGGGGAUAGAAUCUGGGCCUCCCACAUUGCAGGCAGACUCUAUCCUGUGAGCCACCGUUCAGAACUAUCCAUCCUUUGCAUCUCCUCUGUACCCCUCCUCUAUGUGUCCCCCAGAACUCCCGUCUGUGGCUGAGUGCUGCAGACAGAACUGGGAGCUGGGUCCUCCUCCCCUUCCUUCUCGUCCUCCUUGUUAGGGGAGGCGUGGCCAGCCUUCCUCGCUGUGCACUUGGCUCAGGGAGAUCUUUGGCCCGUGGCGUCUUGGCCUUGGUCCCAUCUCAGGGGCCCGCGCUGGCGUUCCCCGUGUGUUGCAGGCUGCCUCACUUAAUAGAGAACAGAAAGUCACGCAUUCUUUGUUUCUUCCCUGGGGCAGGGGAGAAGGUGGGGGGAGGGUUGUUCCUACUUUUCCACUGCAGUUUUGUUCCAGGGCUUUUGAGGGUACUAAUUGGUACCAGCCUGGAAGGGUCUGCUGGUAGGUGGGUUUAGACCAGCACCCUGGCCUCGGAGAUGCAGCUACCAGGAGGUACCAGAUGAAUGGAUGGGAGGAGGGUGUCCCGGUCCCCCAUCCCCCUGCAGCCCGGCCUUGCCCUCUGUCCCAGCGCUCACUGCCCCCUCUCUCCAGCAUCAGGGUAGAAUGUUAAUACCUCUCGUGAAGCUGGGACGUUGUAAGGGACCUAGCUUCUCAUUCACAGUUGUAUUUGAUCAACAUGGUUCAGUAAUUAUCUGUUUCAGUGAAUUCGUCUCUGGCGUUGGCAUCAGGAUACAGAGUCCGAAAGAGCAUCAUGGACUCUGCUCAUUACAAAGACAAAUGUAAUGAGACCUUGUGAGUCAGACCCUCCAGUGAGUCUCCAUGUUGCUCAGAGACACUCAGUCUUGAUCCUGGCUUCUGAAUCCCGCACACCCUCCACCCUACCCACAUGCAUGCCCCUCUCGGAUCCAAGGUCAUAGCAUACUCCCUGCCAAAGGUGCUAGGGCCUGGCAGGUACCUGGGAAGUUCCCACUUUAGAAUCUUUCAUGAUGGCUUCCUGCCACCCAGCCCAAAGCCUGGACAGCACAGGGCCCUGGCAAAUACGCAUCGAGUGAAUCAGUUGAAUGGCUAGAUCGUGCGUGGUUGAUAGCCUCAAGAAGUGGGCAGAAUCUGUGUUGUCAGCUCCGUUUUCCAGCUGAAGGGGUGGUUCAGAGAGGGUCGGGCACUCGUUCACAGUCACACAGCCAAUGGGGUUGAGCAGCCUGGUGAGAACUGGAGUCUCCAGACUCAGCCUGUGCUUUCUGGCUCAGCUCUCUCUGACUCAGUGGCUGUUUCCCUUCAUCCACGUCUACACCCCUGUAGGUUCCUGACAUCAGGGCCACAGCAAGGAAUGGGGCUGAGUGUCCAUCCUCAUGGAGCGCCCAGCUCAGGGAAGAGACAGACAAGCACACAGCAUAGGCAGAGAGGAGCCGGGAUGCAGUGGAAGAGGCCCCUGCUCAGGCCGGGUGUGGGCAGGCCUUCCUCCCGGAGUCUAGGCAGCCAAGCAGGGUGCGGUGGAUUUUCUGGAUGGUGUGGGGACGGCCAGGCUGGGUGCCGAGGCCAGAACAACUGUGACCUGUGGGUCAGUCCUGUUGCUUCAAGUUGCAAGCAGUCUGCUUUACACAAUAAAGGGGAUUUAUCCUCUGAUGUCACUGAAAAGUCAAGGCCCAGAGAGGGCGGCAGGCAAGAUCAAAUAGGGACUCAACACCGAUCGCCUCUUCCAGCGAGGGAGUUAAGUGUCUGGAACAACUCCAGAUCUCACAUCCAAGCAGCAAACUGGCCAAAGCCAAAGAACAUCUCUCUCCCCGCUCCUCUGCAAAAGCCAGGAAUUUCGCUCCAGAUGAAUUAGGCUGCGUGCCCAUCCCUGGACCAAUUACUGCAGUAGGAGGGGUGGGAACCCUCUACCUGCCAAGUUAGAUCGGAGCCCGCCCUUGAGGAUAAGCAGGUUACUCUGACUUAGAUGGCAGAGCUGGUUGCUGGACAGAGGAGCAGGGGGCAGCUGGAAGGGACGGCUCUGGACACCAUUAGGUUCUCCAUACACGUCACGCUGUCACAAGUACCAAGUGGAGCAGGAGGCAAAUGGAGAGAUCUUGCCCCCCGGGCUGAGGCCUCGAGGAAGCAGUAGAAGCAACACAUCUUGUCCUGACUGUCUCCAGGACGGCGCCGUGGAUUUAAUCUGAUUUUUGAACUGCCCUCUUUCUACCAGAAAGUAAUCAAUCUCCUUUUCGCUGUCACUUCCCUAGGGAAAAAGAAAAAAAAAAUAUCCAGCUGGUUGACAGCCUACACAUUGAGGAUGGGGAAGAUGACAGACAACCCGCAGUGCCUUCAUCAAGCCAGCUGCUUCCCCACCACAUCUCUGGUGACAGCGUGGGCAAGACCCAGUUCUAAUUAAGGAUUGUCACGCACCAUCCUGUCCAGAGGGCACUGGAAGAAACAGCUUCCCUCUGUCCCGCACCGCGGCCCUUCCUGCGACGUCUUCACCUCCGAGGGACUGUGGGCUGUCACAAGGAUUAAUUACACUGCCACCCCCUUGGAUGGGAAAGGAAAUCACGGUUAUUAGGUUUUGAUUAAAGCUUCAUCAAGAGACGUUAUCGGCUGUUUGAAGACUGCUGAUGAAACAGGCCACUGUAUUUCCUGAAAAGACAAAUUGCAUGCCGACAGAGCCAACCCACCACGAGUGGUCCACUUAGCCUCUGAGCAUCGCGGGUGAUGUCCGGCACCGCCUGCUGGCCACCAACCUGCAGAAGCGGCCGUCGGGAGGCUCCGAAGCUCCCUGGCCACCCCUGUCUUGUCCUGGCCUGCCACUGAGCCUCUAUCUCUGGGUUCUUUCUUGGGAGUUCUUGCCCAAUUAGGCGUGGUUUCCUCCAGCCCAUCCCUGGGCUCCCCCCCCACCUCAGGGAAGCAGAAACGGCGACCAUGAGGAAAAGAACUCUCAAAGUGCUCACGUUCCUCGUCCUCUUCAUCUUCCUCACCUCCUUCUUCCUGAACUACUCUCACACCAUGCUGGCCACCACCUGGUUCCCCAAGCAGAUGGUCCACGAGCUCUCAGAGAACUUCAAGAAGCUCAUGAAGUAUUCCAACAGGCCCUGUACCUGUACUCGCUGCGUUGGGCAGCGCAGGGUCUCCUCUUGGUUCGACGAGCGAUUCAACCGGUCCAUGCAGCCGCUGCUGACCGCCAAGAAUGCACUCCUGGAGGAAGAUACCUAUAACUGGUGGCUGAGGCUCCAGCGGGAGAAGCAGCCUAAUAACCUGAACGACACCAUCAAGGAGCUGUUCCAGGUGGUGCCCGGGGACGUGGACCCCCUGCUGGAGAAGGGCUCGGUGGGCUGCCGGCGCUGCGCUGUCGUGGGCAACUCGGGCAACCUGAGGGAGUCCUGGUACGGGCCUCAGAUAGACAGUCACGACUUUGUGCUCAGGAUGAACAAGGCCCCCACUGCAGGGUUUGAGGCCGACGUUGGGAGGAAGACCACCCACCACCUUGUGUACCCCGAGAGCUUCAGGGAGCUGGCGGAAAACGUCAGCAUGGUUCUGGUCCCCUUCAAGACCGUCGACCUGGAGUGGGUGAUCAGCGCCACCACCACGGGCACCAUCUCCCAUACCUACGUUCCUGUCCCUGCCAAGAUCAAAGUGAAAAAGAAUAAGAUCCUGAUUUACCACCCGGCCUUCAUCAAGUACGUCUUCGACAGCUGGCUGCAGGGCCACGGGCGGUACCCGUCCACCGGCAUCCUCUCGGUUAUCUUCUCACUGCACGUCUGUGAUGAGGUGGACCUGUACGGCUUCGGGGCGGACAGCAAAGGGAACUGGCACCACUACUGGGAGAACAACCCGUCGGCGGGGGCUUUUCGGAAGACCGGGGUACACGAUGGGGACUUCGAGUCCAACGUGACGGCCACCUUGGCAUCCAUCAACAAAAUCCGGAUCUUCAAGGGGAGAUGACGCUGCGAAGGGCUGAGGACAGGUGCAUCACGUGUGACUCCGCAUCCAGCCCCAGCUUCCCACCGGAGCCAUUCUUCUCCAGGAACUUCGAGGCCCAGCCUCAGGGGUGUGCCCAGGUGCCCCUCGCAGCCUCUUGCACCCCAACAUUUGGCAGCAUCUACUGAGCAAGGUCGCCGACCCCAGCCAGGGCUUCAGAGCAAGUCUCAGAACCAGUCUCGAGAGGGGAGAACCCCCUCCUCGCUGCUGUUCCGGGCUGGAGGAGGCGGGGAGACUCUGCAGAGAUCCCAUCCGAGGAUUCCCAUGUUCUAGAGGAGAGAAUGGUCUCCCGGGGGGGAGCACAGAGGCUACACCCCCGAGGGGUCCGGGGUCAACACUCUGAUUCUCGCUGGGAAGUUUCUGGGUGAAGAUGACCUCCAGGACAGCCACCCCACCUCCCCUUUCUGCCCAAAGAUCGCUGAACCGUGGCCAGGAGGGGUCCCCGCCCUGAAAGUCUUUAGCGACUCGAAAUGCCCGGGAGAUGUCUUCUUCCCAAGCUGACGUCUCCUCCAGUAAUUGACCUCUGUGGUUAUCAUGAGGGCUGAGCGCGGGUCUAAGUGCUUCCAUGUGCCUUGGUACUUGGGGGAGAAAUGCAUGCCUUGACUGAAAUGUGGCAAAAGCCCCAACUUGGGGAAGGGGACCCCAGCAGUGCGCUCCCCUUGGUCUGUAGCUGGGAACAGUGUUCUAGUUUCUGGAGCCAGUGUCUGAGCUGCAAGAAAGCUCAGUUGGAACUAGAUUCCAUCCAGAGGCCCCCUCAGCCAUGGACCAUACAUUCUUAUUUUCAUAGACUAUUGGAUUUGGUGCCUGAAACCUUCCAGAGCUUUGCGGCGGAGGUGGGACACCAGCCAGCAGUUGCCACCAGGGUCAGAUCCCCCCUGGCCACCUGUGUGAGGACAUCCUAGAAACGUGACCGUCAGAGGGGAGAAGUCAUACCUCAUCCUUCACGUCCCAGCUGCUCUUUCUUCCUCGUCAGCCUUCCUGAUUAUUUAUUGUUUUGUCUUUUAAAUUCAACUGACAUCAUCUGCACUUUGUGACUUGGGUGUGCUCGCUUCGGCAGGCAGCUGGGGUGUAGGCGCUCAAAGCCAGAUUUGUAGAAACCUUCAGACGUGGGGUACUGGGGUGUUCAGGGCUUGAGGGCUUGCUGGUGGGCAGACCCUGGGGUGUCGGGUUGGUAGGCUUACCGGAUGUUAUGUAUCUCCUUCUCUUCCAGCCCCACUUUCUUCUUCCUCAUUGUGGGCUUAGAUUCAGUCUCGGGCUAAGAAUCUCCAAACCAAGUGGUACUGUCUUGGGGCUGGGUGGAAAUAGACUCAAAGUCCCAGGCAGCGCUUGUGGUAAAGAACCUGCCUGCAAAUGAAGGUGACCUAAGAGAUGUGGGUUUGAUCCCUGGGUUGGGAAGAUUCCCCUGGAGGAGGAAAUGGCAACCCACUCCAGUCUUCUUGCCUAGAGAAUCCCAUGGACAGAGGAGCCUGGCGGCCUACAGUCCAUAGGGUUGCAAAGAGUCGGCCACGACUGAAGCGACUUAGCACGCACGCACUGACACUUAAUAAAAAAAAAAGAAAUCUCUUGCUGUCCAGGGCAUUCCCUGAAGGGCCAUGGGUGCCUUGAGAAGGUGUGACCGUGGCCUGGAGGAGGAUGAAGGAUGCUACUCUCAGAGGCCAGGGGUCCCACCCCACCGCACCCUGCAGCCCUCUGGCAAGCCCUGCCCUCCGCCUCUGAGUCCCCCUCUGCCAACGGGGAGGGCCCACAGUGGCUAUCGGUCAUUCACAAGUGUCCCUAGAAGUCACACACCCUGCUGGUUCUUCCCCAGAGUGUUUGCCUGGGAAGAGGGUCCAGUUUUUCUUUGAUUCUCAAAGAUUCAGAAUCCAGAAAGUCUUUUUUUUAAAAAAAAAAAAAAGCAAGCAAACAAAAAAACUGUUCUAGCAUUAAAAUCCUCCAAAACCGAAGACCGUCUUGCCUGACAAAUGCUUGUCAAUUGCUGUGAGGUCACGAUUCCCAGCAUAAAUCCUCAGAGGCUAGAGGUCACGGCAGUCCUUGAGGAGGGGAACUCUGCCAGCGGGUGUGGGUUGACUGACUCGUGGCCGCCUGGUUUCCUCCCCAUGUCUCCGGCCACCAGGCUGUUCACUGUGACAUGCCUUGCAGGCCUCGGGUCCCCUUCUGCAGGUGAGCAAAGCAAGGCCAGAGAAGGGAAGCGACUGCACAAGUGAACCAGCUGUGAAAUAGAUUUCGAGCUGAAAAAGGAUGUUAUUGGCUCCCCAUUAGACCACCUAGAGGUGGGCUUCCCCCGCCCCUCCGAGAUCCUUAGUCGGUGUGAGUUUCUGACUACAAGCCUCUCACCACCCGGCUUUGUUCUCAGGCCACCAUGGGGCCCGAGGCAAGCUGUGACCUCUGCCUUCUCACUCCCUCCUUCCAGUGGAGGAGAUAGCAUCAUCACGUUUUUCCCACAGCUGGGGCAGAUAUGGCUUUGUGGCUGUCUCCUGGGCUUACCAAUGGCCACCUAAGCAAAUCCAGCCAGCCACUGUGGCCAGGAUUAACACACCAUUGCCUUAAACCAGGGGGGCCCAUACCCAGGGUUAACGGUGGCCGAGACCUGGACAAUAGUGUUUCCACGGGGGUUUGGCCAUCAGCCGGAGGAUGAGAAGCACCCACAAGGGGAGGCUGUCUCUGUGGCCCAGCAUACCAGCCCAGGCUCUGCCCAUCCCACAGACAGAGCUCCUUGGAGACUAGCCCUGGGCAAGGGUUAGAGGCAUUCCUGCUGCCGUGGUCAGUGCUGAGCCUGAAGCUAAACAGGCCAAGCUAAUGAGGGAGAAAGACGUCAGCAACACCCCAGCCUUCUGGCUCCCCGAAACCAGUGCUCUCUGGUGCUGGAGCAAAACCUACGCCUGCAGCCAUAUCCCCUGGAGCCUCUGGCCUCACCCUCGGGAAGGGGAAGAAAGGAGGGAGGAAGGGUAGUGAUCUGGGGUAGAGAAGAAAGUUCUUGAGCGGAUGCGUUUGGGAACCCCAGCUUCAUCAGGUAUUGUCCAGAAGACCACCUGGGCUGGGCUUAGUGGGAGAAGCCAGAUCUAAGGAAAUAGGAUGUAAAAGGGAGAAGCCAGGUGACAAGGGAUGGGCAGGUGAUUCCUAUGGUGUGUGGGGUGGGGCGCAGGUUCAGAGGAGACCCCCCCCCCCCAGGCUCGGCUGUGGCCAGAAGGGCCAGCGAGAGGCCAAACCUACCUCGAUGCAAACUGGGCCUCUGGGUCCAAGGCGGAAUAGAAUCACAGAGAAUGCUGAGAACUGUGAUGUUAGCUUUAACUGUUUUCUUCAAGGCAGCCUGAACCCAAAGAAAAAGUGGAGAACUGAAAACAGCUCGCCCUCCCUCACGUGGUUGUGGUCGGAAGUGCUUUCUGCAGGAAGCCGUCAGGACCGGCAACUGUUCUGGCCCCUCCAAAGAGGCGGGGGCUGUCACUGCGUCCAUCAGGGAUAUCUGGUCUGUGGCAGGGCUGGCCACAGGCCCUUGGCUGGUCAUCCUCUUGUGGGGUCUGGGCUAAUGUGUUUUGAGCGCCCCCUGGGGGCUGUGGGGGGUACAGGACACCUCUGCACAGAAGAGGGUGAGGAACAGCUGCCAGGCAAGGUGGCACCUCACAGUCUGUCCUUACCCAAAGCAAUGCAUUUCCUCCAAGCCUGCCUCCAGCCUCCCGUUUCCCUGCCAGCCCACCGGAGAUCUGUACUUAUAUUGAACUUGACCCUGUUGCUCAGCUUCUGAUCUGCCAUCGUCGCCCACCCACCCAAGAUCCUGGUCCAGACACCAGCUUUAAUCCGGGUCUGUGUCAGGAGCCCCCACUGGGCCCGAGUAGCAUGGACGUGGUGCACCAUCGCACUAGCCCUUAACCCAGUUUGUGUCAAAGCCAAAGUUCCCUGAGCACUAUUCCGCUCUUUGCAGUCCUGUUGGUGGGUUCAUUGGUGGUGGUUUAAAGUCCGCUUUCUUCGUCUGCCCCUCCUUGCCUGGCUCCCAUGUUUUGCAGCUGAGUGUUCAUCUGGAUGCUUUUUUGAAUGAAGUUGGCAAGAGUCUGCCUUCCACAGCCUCUGCUCUAUUUUUUAUUUUUAAUUUAUUGUUGACUAUUUCCAAUGAUCCAAAUCAAAAUGAAUAAAAGAGAGCUAUUUUAUCGUU